UUAAGUCCAUCCCCCUGUCGCACGCGCAGCAUAAACGGAACGUUAUCACUGACCGUAAGUGUGAAAGGAGAGAACCUGAGAAAUGGCAGAAGAAGCUCCAGCUCCCGCCGCAGCCGCUCCGGCGAAGGCUCCUAAGAAGAAAGGUGCAAGCAAGCCCAAGAACGCGGGGCCCAGCGUUAGCGAAUUGAUCGUGAAGGCAGUCGCUGCUUCCAAGGAGAGGACUGGAAUGUCCCUGGCUGCCUUGAAGAAAGCUCUGGCCGCCGACGGCUACGACGUGGCGAAAAACAAUUCGCGGGUCAAGCUGGCAGUUUGUAGCCUGGUGACCAAGCAGACCUUGCUUCAGGUUAAAGGAACCGGUGCCUCCGGCUCGUUUAAGCUUAACAAGAAGCAGGCGCUUGAAAAGAAGAAGCCUGCCAAGAAAGCAGCCCCUCAGGUUAAGAAGGCCGCUGCGGCUAAAAAGGCGGUAGCAAAGAAGACUCCGGUGAAAAAGUCGCCGAAGAAGGCCACUACGCCUAAGGCGAAGAAGAGCCCAAAGAAAGCCAAGAAGACGACAGUGGUUAAGAAGCCUGCAAAGAGUCCAGCCAAGACUUCGAAGAAAAGCAAAAAACCGGCAGCAGCGGCAAAGGUGAAAAAGAGUGCCAAGAAAACAAAGGCAGCCAAGGCACCAGUUGCCAAAUCCAAGGGCACUAAACCCAAAAAAGCCGCUCCGAAAAAGAAGUGAGAACGUGUACCUACUGUUCGGUCAUUUUAAGUACAA